UUGUGUAAUGGUUUGUGCUGAGUAACAAAAGUGUCCACGUGUGUUUUGUUUUGUUUGUGACCCCCAUCUCUAUAGAUAUAAAAGCAUAUCUGCUGUUACUGUUUUGUUAGCUGUCCUAGUCUUUUGUGUACUGUAUGUUUAACAAAGGACUUAUAAGGGAAACUCACACAAGGAGGAAAACUGUCUUGGAGCCAGUCCAAAUCCAGCCACACUCUCUCUCUGCUGGAAUGUCUGAGGCUCCCGGUCAGCCUCUGUGAGUUCAGUGUUCUUACUGUAGUGGGAUAUUAAACCAAGGCUGCAGGAAGGCCUCCAGUAUUUGCUAUGAGGUGCUUAAGCCAUCAAACUACAUGGGAAACUGAUAGACUCCUAUAAGUGAUAAUGGUUGUUUUGAAGGAUAUACCAGUUUUUUCUUUGUGAAGGCUCCCACCCCAAAUAGCAUUCUCCUGUGAUAAUCCAAAGCUGCAGAUGGAGCUGUCUGAAAGGGUGUGUUUAGCUGGAAUGAGCUUAAGUGCUCUGUUUUUUAUUUGGACAAGUUAAAGUUGAAUGCAAUGUAGGUCAUAUGCUGCAGGCUUUUGUUAAAUUUUCACUCGUCUGGCAGAGAAUGUGAUUGCAUGCUGAUGUGUGACAGUUCAGCAUUGGCUGUCCUCAUGUCAGUGCUCUGUUAUCAGGGCUGUGUUUGUUUGCUCUGAGUCAUUUUAUGUGUUAAAGGUCAAAGAAUAAAUGUGUCCCAGGAGGCCGACUGCACACAGAUAGCCUUUGGACUUCUGGUCAGACCAUUUUUGUUGUGUUACAUUUUCCCAGCUCUGGGCUGCAGAGAUCACCCUCCCUUGGGGUCUGGCAGCAUUAUCAUGAAACGUAACAGGAAAUGGCCACUGGGAAAAUAUAUCUUGCCUGCACAUGCAUAACCAUUACAACAAAGUCAAAGACAAAAAGUCAUAAACAGGCAGGAGGGGAUACUGUGCAAGUUACUCAUGACAUACCUGUUUUUACAUGGUGUGGUACAUUAGAGGGCUUUACAACUAUAGCGUGAACUUAUAUCUUUAAAUUAAACUAAACAGAAACUGAUGGCUUCACAGAUCUUAAAAGCCAGUUUCAGUCCAUUGUUUAGUCACUCGGCUCACUGCUGUACUGUUCUGGUUCACGCUCACAGAGCUUUGUCUUGUUGUCCUUGGCUGCAACGUGUAGCCGAACAUGCUAUAAAUACCUGCUUCAUACCUGCUCUCAGUAGAUGGAAAAAGAUAAAGAGACAAUAGUGUUGGAAAUGAAAAACAGAGCUAAAAAGAGAUUUCUGUCAAGCUUGUAUCUGCUUUGUCAAAGAAAAAGUUUGAUCUACAAACAACCGUUAUCAUACACAUUCUUUAUUUUUAAAUAAGGAAUGUCGAUGAUGAAUUACCUAUUUAAAAAAAAGAACUGGGAACUCUUUUUCUGAGACAUAUUAUUAGUUGGAAAAUCUAACCCUGCUGGUAGGAACGCUGUGUAAUGAAUCAUGCAUGUGGCUACUAGUGCUUGAUAAACAAAACUAAGACCCAAUGAAAAGUGUCACUUCAUAGAACCGCUAUAAGGCACCUUUAAAUACAAUAUCAUGCUGUUUCCUGUUGCCUGAAGUUACCUGUGUUACUGUUGUAUUAUUCAUAUUAUUCUAGGUUUUUGACUUUUAUCCUCUUGAGACGUCUCAGCCUGCGUAUGUAUUUUUCAUCUUUAAGUUCGAUGUAGUCAUGUGAAAUGAUCCCCUCGGUUUUACAGUUGGGUAUUUGAACAGUGAGUUACACUGUACGGUUCAGUUAUGAAGGACUAUAGCACUGUGUGCAACCAGAAUACAAAGUAUUGAGCAAUCACUGAGACAGUGAGACACAACUGACUCAUGUUAUUAAAUCACAGUCUGAUGUCAAGCGUGCACCUAUCUGCCCCCACUGUCAGAAAAUGCUGACACUCAAAUUUCCAUCUUUCAUGUUUUAAUAUUCAGCAAAUCACAAACAGUUCAACUAAGGUGGUUACUAAUGACAUCAUGACACACAGUGCCCGAUUGCUUCAGUUCAUACGUCAUAACCACCUCUGACUGCCUUCUGAAGCCACACCUCAAAAAGAUCAUUUUAAACAUGCUGAAUGCAGGAGAGAAUCAGACCACGGUACUAAAGCCCAGUUUGCACUGGAGUGGAGGAACACACUGUGUAUGAGACCAUAUAUACACAGAAACUUUGUUGACACAUAUCCUGCUCAGCUAAAUCAGCCUUCCAUUUCCUGUUGAGUUUGUUGUUGUUUAUCCCGUUGGUAGGUACGGUGCUACUUUCCAUCACUCCUCAAAACUCGUGCCUUCAGAUUUGACACUGUGCUCUCAGUUUGGCUUGACACCUCAUCUAAAUGUUGCUCGCUGAAUUUUGUUAUGUCCGUUUUGGUAUACCCGUCCUCCUGUCUGUUUACUGCAAUGCUCGAGCAACAGCCUGUACUUGGAGCCAGAUGACAUUUGUCCGGAUAAGUAAUGUGAAGGCAGCAGACUCACGAUUGCUGGAAACUGUAAUGUGAUGCAAUGAUUGAGAUUCUCAGUAUCGCUCCUCAUAAACACGCAGGAGAGGUAAAAAUGUUAGCAGGCAUGCUAUGAUUAUUGGUAAUUGCUGACAAGUCCCAACUAAAUCGUGUUAUUGUAGUUCUUGUUCUUAUUCUGUCAUGUGGCUGACAGAGUCGAGCUGUUUCCUCUGGAUAGGCUCUAGCCCUCCAUGACCCUGAAGUGGAUGGCUGGAUAGAUUGAUGACAUAAUGUGGAAAUGCAGCUAAGCAAGAGACAUUUAUAGCUUAGUAGUUUUUGUGGUGAUGAUAUUUCUAUUUGUAUCUGGCUAAUCUGUCUGAAAAUCUAGUUAUAGUAUAGUAUAGCAUCAUUGCAUGGCUAACACACAAGUUUAAAUUCAUGGUAGAACCUAAUAAGCUAAUGCAGAAGUAAUUUUAGCUGAAGCAAACAAACCUGUGCUGAAGAUGAUACAAGUCUGAAACUGAAGCUCAGCUCGCUAAAAUAGCCUCAAUCUGGACACUUGAUUUAGCACACUUCCUGUACCUAAUAAUCUGUGGUUUGUUGGCAGUCACAACAAGCUAACAUAUUAUUUUUAAAAAAUAUUAUUACAAAUAUUUCUCUACUUUUCCUAGAAAUAAAGCAACUUUGAGCAGAUGUAAUGUUUUCCCUGAAGCUUUUUUGCUUCACUUUUUUUAAACUGUCCCUAUUGAUGUCUCUGUAACUGAAAUGUUUCACAGUAAGUGUGGCUCGCUUUACAACUGGAAGUCCGGUGAAUGCUGCUCUAGUCUGCAUGUUGAAGUAUCUUUGGACAAGACACUAAAUCCCAAGUUAUGUGUGCGAGUGUGUGUGUGUGUAAAUGUUAGACAAGGUGCUGUGGUAUGAAGCUUGUAGUAAAAUGAUUUGUGUGCUCCGAGUAGAAGUGUGCUAUUUAAGCAGUAACCACUGGUUGCUAGCAUUGACCACUUGUCAUGCUUCUGGCUGGGAGCAAAGUGUGUUUCUCAGAUUUACCUUGGUCAAACUUGCAGGCUGUUGCUCCUGAAAACACUGCUGCCAAAACAAUGAGCUAAAAGGGGAUGCAAAACUGUUGUGUUUGGUUAGGUUAAUCUCAACAAAAGCAAAUGCAUCCUUUUGAUUUGACUUCACUGUGUUUAUUUAAAAAAUAUACGAUUAGGGUUUGUCAGGUUCCUCAGGCCACUCCUCUGCAUUUUUUUUCUGGCUGUUUGUGCACAGUCAGCACAACACUCACUGGUUUCCAUUUGCACUUUUAAGUGCUUCCUUGUAUCUGGUUCAAACUGAGCGCACAGAUUGUGUAUGGCUGCUCCUGCUCCUAAUCAGACCUGAUUCACACGCUCUUUCAUAACAGCUAGAACUUUCUGGCAAAACGCGUUUCUACUAGUCUAAUCUCUCUGCAGAGUUCCAAUUGAUUUGACUCCAAACUUUUGCCAAUGUAAAUAUCCCACAUUAGUCUUUGCUUAAAGUCUUAGUUUAAGACAUGUGAUACCAUGCAGCCUCCCACCAAGUUUGCCUGUAAACUUCUUGAACAGAGCCCACCUUUUAUACUAGAAACCUCCAGCUUCUAGGUUUACCAUUUCUAUUGGUUGAUCUCCAUGAAAGGGUGUGUCUAAUGUUGUCAAUAAAGACAGCUGUUACCAGGGGUUGCAAACUAAGGCAUUUGGAUUCAACAUGAGCAUGUUUUCUUUCAGAAAAGGGGGCAGGCUCUGGUGUGUUUUUGGAGUCAGUCAGGCGAAAGCUGUUAAGUGAUUUAUUUUGAAGGGUCCCAGGACAGACACAAGAAUUUCUGCCAGGGCAGGAGACAUCAGGAGUCUGUCUGCUUGUUCUUAUAAAGACAUUUUAAAAGAAACAUGGUUGAAGCUAAGCCGAUAAAAGCCAGACUAUAGCUCUCGAAGAAUACAGCGAUAUGUCAUGAUCAUGCUUACGCUCUGCUGUUUAUCUUCAUUCGAGCUGAUUAUCCUGGUGCUUGAUUGUCAGCUGGCUUUGGCUGAUAUUUAACCAAGUCUGUUGAAGCUUGUGUCAAAGCAGCUUCCACAUAGAAUAUUUCCUAUAAUCCUUUUCUAGCACAUCUAUAAUAACAUUAACUUUGAUGCCAAGUCUAAAUGCAAAGUAUUUAGAGCUGUUUGAGUUCCCAUUUUAACCACAGCAUUAAAGUACUGGGACUGAACAAACACGACACGCAUACAGGCCGACAUUGUGUCCAAACAACAGUCUGCAAGUUAACAGGCAUGCACAACGGUUUCAGAUGACACACAUGAACACAAUGCUCCUUUUUAAGUUUCAUCUGUGUGCUUUUGGUGUUUUGUGACACGAGGGGGCGCUGCUCUCCAGAGCACUCGCCUCUUAACGCGUUUGACAUGUUUUUCGGUGUGGAGUGCUUGAAGAAGUUAACAUAAUAAGGAUAAAGUUUAGAAGUUAUUGACCUUUCAGCCAAUCAACGCUGCCACUGCUGAAAGGUCCUGUUUAAAGAAAGGGGAAGCGUUAAAUGCCCCUCUCUUGUCCCCCCCCAAAUUCCUGUGUAACCUCUGGCUGGUAUUUCCUGUCUGUUCCGUUGUUCGGGGCCUUUUUUGACGACCUGUGAUGGAAACAAACAUGUCUGAACAUCACUGCUCUUGCCCUUUAAACUUUGUCGUUCUCCCCCAUUUUAAUGUUCCUCUCUGUCUGCCUUAGGGUGUGGUUUGAGCUGCAUGUGAUGGAUCCUCCUCCCUCCCUCUCCUCUUUUCUGCCUUUGUUGUAGCUUUGCAUUCUAGAUUCCAAAGUUGUGAGUCUACCCGACACACCCAGACUCCUGCCAAAGCACUGCUGCAGAAAAUCUACUUUCCUUCGUCACCCCUCAACUCUUUCUCUCUUCUUCACCUCUUCCGGCUUGAUGCAGGCUAUCGCGUGCUGAGCUGCAUCAUGCGUCUUCACCUAGCCCAGCCCGACCCAAAGCUUGUUCAGUUUUCCUGGCACCCAUCGAGCAGUGGGUGGGGCUUCAUGUGUUCAACUGCCCAAUCCGACCGAGCCUGCUCUGCCAUGUUGGAUGAAGGGGUGGAGCCUGAUGCAGCGGCGUCUUGUUGUGCUGAUUCAAAGAGGGCGGAGUAGCAAGUUUUUCACUGCUGGGUGUGUGUAUGUGUUUACAUGUGUGCGUGUGCAUGACAUAAAGUUCGAACUAAAGUGUUCCUAAAGCAGGGGUCUUAGGUUAAGCAGCCUGAAGAGAGCCUCUUGGUAGUAUUCACAGCAACAUUUAAAGAGGAUACACACUCACAGUCUGACCUAUGUCGCAGUCCAGCCAGACAACACCCAAACCGGCAGCUCAGGUCUCUACUGGAAAGCCUGCACAGUUUGAGACGCCAACAUCGGGAUCUGGAAUGGCUACAAAGCCUGGGGCGGUUACCACGACAACAGGAGGAAGCUCUAAUGUUGCAACAGCAGGGAAAGCAGCACCUAAAGCCAAACCAGAGACUAACACUACGCUGGCUGGUGCUACUGUUAUUGACAUGUCGUUUGCAGAGGCGAGUGGCGCUACUAGAGAGGUGUUAAAGACUGCACCUGUCUCCCAAGCCAAAGUCGCACCUACAAUUCCUCCCACUGCUGGCACUGCAGCAGCCACUUCUGUGGCCGCUCCUAAAGAGUCACCUAAGGACACGGCUAAGAGUGCCACUGCUGCUACAGCAGUCAAAGCUGAUGUUCCUAAAGUUGAUCCUGCUAAAACAUCAAAGCCAGCUGCAGCAGGCACAGCUGCGGCUGGAAAUGUGUCUGUGCAAGGCAAAAAGGAAGAAGCUAAAUCAGCGCAAACAAAGGUUCAGGCGGAGGUUACAUCCACAGCAGCUAAAGGAGCCCAACAGGCACCUCCAGUGGAUGCAAUCGACGAGCUGGCCAACAUACUACCAUCAACUGAUCCGUUCGCUCGCCCAGAGCCUGUGUUCACGGGGCCAGAGGUCAAAGAGCAUGACAUCACCUCUGAGAAAGGUCAGAAGUGUGGAGAAAGGGACGACACACUGCCUCCAAACUACAGAUUCAAAAAUACGGGUGGAGCUCCUGCAGAUGCUAAACCUGUGGAUGUCCCGAAACCACUGAGCACAGACGCGGCCCUUGAUUCCCUUUCAGCUGAUUUUAAAUCAACUGGUCAGCCUGGACCCAAGAAACAAGAGCAAAAGGCACAUGUUGAGACUAUAAGUGCCUCUUCUGCUGGCCCUGCGAACUUUGCACCUCCUCCUGUGAAGAAAGCUGAAACUCCUGCAGCAGUUCCUCCUAUGGCGGCUCCUCCAGCUGAUAAAAAAGCUAAGAUGGAGAAAGUCUCAGAUGACUUCUCACUGGAGGCUGGACUCUCUUCUUCCAGCACGAAAGCGGUAUCUCCUGCGGUUGCUCCUGCUGAUAAGAAAGCUAAGAUGGAUAAAACCACUCCCGAUGUCUCUGUCAAGGCUGGAUUGGAUACCAAAGCAGGCACCAAGCCCAAGACCAGUGAGGGUGACUCCAUGUCUCUGGAUGCUCUCGGUGCUCUGUGUGACACACUACCAAAAGAUGCACCAAAACCUGAACCCCCCAAACUCAGACCUCAGGACAUUGUAUCGGAGGGAAAAGUGAAGAACGAGAAGGGUGUACGUGUAGGAGAGAGGGAGGACACGCUUCCUCCAGAUUACAGGUUCAAAGAGGAAGACCUCAAAAAACUGCCUCCUCCAAAACCCGAGCCCAAGAUGGAUGCUAAUGAUGCUCUGGACAUUUUGUCUGGGGACUUCAGUACUGCUUCAACAGCUCCUGCUGUCCAGGCUCCUCUCUGCUCCUCAGCUGCUCCUGUGCAGAAAUCUCCCGCUCCUCCCACUGAUAAGAAAGCCAAGGUGGAGGCUGGACUCUCAGCAACUACUGCUAAGAAAGUGGAAUCGGCUGCAGCUCCUCCUGCGGCUGGGCCCGGUGCUCCUUCUGCUGAGAAGAAAGCACAAGAACACAAACCUGCUGCUGGGAAGGACACCAAACCAGAGACCGACAAGGGUGGCUCCAUGUCUCUGGAUGCUCUCAGUGCUCUGGGCGACACAUUACCAGCAGAUGCACCAAAACCUGAAUCCCCCAAACUCAAACCUAAAGAUAUCGUCUCUGAGGGCAAAGUGAAGGCGGAGAAGGGUGUACGUGUUGGAGAGCGAGACGACACUCUUCCACCAGCUUACAGGUUUAAAGAUAAAGACCCCAAAAAACUGCCACCUCCAAAACCCGAGCCCAAGAUGGACGCUGCUGAUGCUCUGGACAUUUUGUCUGGAGACUUCAGUUCUUCAUCAGCUCCUGCUGUCCAGGCUCCUGUCGUCUGCUCCUCAGCUCCUCCUACACAGGCAAAAGUAGAGGAUUUGUCAGCUCUUGAUGUACUCUCUGGAGAGUUUGUGGCUUCAUCUAAGGCUUCUGGAGUUCAUGCACCAGUCCCUCCUCCAUCAAAGAAGCCACCAGAGAAAACAGUCUGUCCCGUGGAACAACCUAAAAAAGUCGAUGUAAGCGCACAACAGACAAAGCCCAAAAUUGAGAAGGGUGACUCCAUCUCUCUGGAUGCUCUCAGUGCUCUCAGCGAAACACUGCCAACAGAAGCACCAAAGCCAGAGUCUCCAAAACUCAGACCUGAGGAUAUUGUCUCGGAGGGCAAAGUCAAAAAGGAGAAGGGUGUGCGUGUAGGAGAGAGGGAGGAUACACUUCCUCCAGAUUACAGAUUUAAAGAGGAAGAUCUCAAAAAACUGCCUGCCCCCAAACCUGAGCCCAAGAUAAAUACUGCUGAUGCUCUGGAUAUUUUGUCUGGAGACUUCAGCUCUUCAGCCGCUCCUGCUGUCCAGGCUCCUGUCGUCUGCUCAUCAGCUCCUCCUGCACAGGCCUCUGCAGACGCUGCUCUUAAGUCCUUGGCCGGAGACUUGGUUGCCUCCAGCGCUGCACCGGCAGUGAAGUCAGAACCUCGUAUUCCUACACAAACAAAGCCACAGCUGGAAGCUGGAGCAGACAAUGCCCUUGAUGCUCUGUCAGACACCUUGGGGGAUAUCAAACCUGUUCCUCAGCCCGCCCCAGGUCCUGUUAAAGAUCCCGUCAAGGAGAAAACGAUUGCUGAGGAGAAGCUUAUUAAAAUGGGAGAGAGAGAUGACACACUACCACCAGAGUAUCGACCCACUGAGGAAGACCGUAAGAAAAUGGAAGAAGCAAAGAAAAAAGCUGCCAACAUCCCCAAAGAGAAGAGUAUGGAUGACACAACAGCCUUAGAAAUGCUGUCCAGUGACUUCUCUGAUGCUCCCAAGCCUGAUGCACCGGUCACCUCGUGUGCUGCCACAACAAAGUUGGAACCUCCUGCGCUGGACUCAGCUCCUCUGAAGCCGAUGGCUGGUCCUGUUCUGGAGUCCCUGUCUGAUACCCUGCUUCCAGAUCCAGUAAAAGGCAAAUCUAAAACAGACAAACCAAAGGGAAAGAGCAAGUCAAAGUCAAAAUCUAAAAAACAACAAGCAGAGGAACCAUCUGCCCCUGGCCAGCUAUCAGCUCAGAGAAGCUCAGACGUUGUGCCAACUUCUACAAAGAAGAAGAGCUAGGUCACAUGGUUGUCGCUUUAAAUCUGUCCUCCAGGCCACAUGGACGCAUCGGUGAGGGAGCUGCUCUCUGGAUAACGAUUCUAUUUUUGUAAAUUGUUAAGAAUGUAUAUUGGAGUCAAGAAAAAAACCUACACAUACCCAUAACAUUUACGCAAUGCACACACAUAGAAGCACAAACGGACAUGCACGCACACUUAAACACCUAUCUGCUUUACAGUUCAAAGAUAAGAAGUUUUGUUUUGGGUUUUUUGGGUUUUUUUAGAGAAUAUAAAAGAGACUUUUAAAAACUGGAUGGAAAUGAAAGAAGUGAAACUGUGGGAAAACGUUUUUGGGUGCCAAGAAUCACGCAUGUACAUCACAGUUGACAGGUGGGGUUUUUUUGUUUCGUCUUUUUCUUUUUCCUCCAGCAAAACACUUCUAUUACAACACCGGUGACCUAAACCUGCUGGUGUUGUGACAUUAGUUGGAGCAGUGGAGACUGUCAACUUGUGUGAGUGCAGUAUGGAGUAGGUGUAUAGCACCGGGAAGUUUUGUGCAAUCCAGAUGUACACACACACACAAAAAGUUUUUCUAUCAUGAUUGGACACCAUUACAUAAGACACUAGUGUACAGCUUAGUUCGCUUAUAUUUUAAACAAUACAUAGUUUACAUUAUUGAAUAUGUGGAUUUCCCAGGAGGUGUUCUAAUUAAUUCUGUAUUGGAGAGCUUUUUGCAAAUGUCUCUCUUUAAACAGAGCAAUAUCUGUCAAGUAGGUCUUUUUCUGUGUUUUUGGGUUUGCAGAAAGGAAAAAAAAGACAUUCAAAAGUGCACUUAUUGAAGCAGGAUGUUUACAAGCUUUGUAAACUGCCGUUGUUUGUGAGCUGUAAAAGAGUUUUGCUCUACGUAACACAACACUGUAAUUUACAAAGGGCUACUGCUUUCAAUUGUAAAGUUAGUCACUAUAAUUCCACCCUUUUUUUGUAGAGUUAAGCCAAGAUAUGAGAUGUAUAAGGGGAAAUGCUAACUAAAUUGAAAAAAAUAAAUACAUAAAUAAAUCAUGCAGUAUCAUUUUAUUAUUAUUGUACCUUAAAAGAGAAACAAAAGAUAACAUUAACUGACUUAAUAUGCUGGAGAAAAUAACUAAAUAUUGUAGGAAAGGUGAACAAACAAUGUGUUUGUAAAGGUGCAAGGGGAAAUGUGUAUGUAUUAAAGUGCGUGGGAGUGUAAUCUCCUAUGAAAGAAUUUUUUUAUCCGCUCUUGACUUGUGGUUUUGCGCUCUGCUUACAGUUGUAGCACUCCACUUCCUUUAGACUCAAGUGGGGGGCUUAAAAAACAAAUGUCUUUUGCUCAAAUCUACUUUGGUGCCAAGACCCUGAAUGACUGAUGGGAAUCCAAAUGAGUGGGUUUGAUGUGUGGAAAAAUAAAAUCUAAUAAAGUCAAAUACAGUUCAUUGAAGAAGGAA